AUGGCCGACCCGACUGCCCCAAACCCCUCAGCGGGUUCUUCAACCAAGAAAGAGGACUCCCCUAAAUCAAGCUUCUCGUCAACGGACAAAUUUUUCAAAAAAAUGAUACAGCGCCAAACUGUCAAAAAAUCAGCAUCAAGCCGCUGCGGCCCGGAUGGAACGUAUGGAACUCCUAUUCCUCAAGAAGGCCAAACAAGAAACCCCAGUUCCUGGCCGCACAAACCUUCAGAAGAUCAGUACAGCAGAUGCACCACGUUUCUGCGGCCUGGCUCAAGAAGUUGA